AUGACAGACCCAGACCUCAACAAUAAGCUCGAUAGACUACUCACUCUAUUGGAAGCACAGCUAGAGCUUACCAGACAGGGUCAUCGAGAGGAACGAUUACAACGAGCUCAACUGAGCAGGGAGGAGACAAUGGACCUCUCUCACUCAGAAGACCAAGCAGGAGGAGGAGAUGAGUCUUUGAUAGGAGACCCACAUACUCCUACUCCGGCUCCACGACCAAGACGAUCAGUCUCAUUCAACCUAGAUGAGCAGGAGGACAUCAACUAUGAGAAGUAUGCUUCACCUACUGGGCCAAGAUAUGUCAAGACUAAGGUGGACCCCUACAGCAGGACUAGGACAGACCCUUACCCCCUGGACCAUGAGGAGGACACCAGCAUCAUGGCAGAGCUUAACCAGUCAAAGCCCAUCGCCACCCCCUUCCCAAAGUUCAAUCCCCAAGACAUGGAGAUCUUCAUUCUAGAAGCCGAAGCAUGGUUUAAGUUCAACCAGGUGUAUGAGCAGACUAGGAUGAUCAACCACAUGGGUGCUCAACUGGAAGGGACAGCAAGAGAGUGGUGGACCUCCAAGCUCCGUAUUGAUAGAGCUAGAGAAGGAAGGUUGUUCAAUGAUUGGCACUACUUCACAGAGCUACUGUCAGAACAGUUCAACCCACGCAAUGCUAGGAUGGAGGCAUACAACAAGCUGUUGGCUCUCAGACUCACAAGUGAUGCUCCUGGUGCCGCCACACAUCAUGUAGAGCGGUUCAGAGACUUGGAGGGACAGGUCAACCUAGAUGACAACGAGCUAGUAAUUGAUCUCUUCAGAGGAAGUCUCACUCGCAGCAUACAGGAGAAGUUCGAGAGGAAUCCACCUGGGAAGAGAUGGGAGUGGUACCGAGAGGUUGAGGAGAUCGAUCGACAGAGGAUGCUACUACAGCAGUCCUUGGCUAGACACUCACUCCCAAAUGCCACAUCACCUCCACUAAGAACUGGGUCUCGGCCAAAUCAAAGUUCGAUCCCCAUCCGACAACCCACUCAACCUUAUCCAGCUCGAUCACCAUCACAAGCAACUACACAAGCAACUAUACAAAACCUAAACCGACCCCUUCCUCAUCAUCCCACCCAACCCUCGAAGCAAGGAAGCCCUGCUCCAUCAGGUAUCAACACCUGUCAUGUAUGCAAGGGUAUCGGCCAUUGGGCCAGAGACUGCCCCAGCAGGAGGGUAGACCCUCUUAGCUCUCGACCCAUGGGACCAAAGGUUAUGGUCACCACAGCAGACCCCUUUGAGGAGGCCACCGACUCAGGAGAUGGCCACACAGGCAGUACUGAGAUGGGUGACUCCGAGGCCAUGGACCUCAGCUCAUACCAGCAACCCAUGGACCUCGACCAUGAGGAGGAGGAGCAUGAUGAUGAUGACGAUGAGGGAAACGUCAGUGGGGUAUCUAUUGGUACACACAAUCUGGGUGUGGUCGAAGCUUCAGUGGCCGACACUGCUGACUAUGACCUCAUCCUGGGGUUCACUGAGCUACGGAAGCUCAAACCCACCAUACAAUGGGAUACGGGCCAGCUGGAGUUCAAGACUCAGGAGCAGGACCGACCCCCAAGGAGACCCCCUGAGGCAGCAAGAGCAGGGGACCUAACCAUGAGGAGACCAACCCUUCAUGGUAACGAGUUUGUCUCAGCAGAGCGCAUACUACGAGCAGCUCUGGAAGAUGGACCCAUAGGGUUCAUGCUGUUGGAGGAGCCACCAUCAUCACUCCCAGUCUUUGGUUUUGUACCUACAGGCGCAGACAAAGGAGUCGAGAUGGAGGUGGAGGUAGACAAGGUGGUGACGGCUGCAGACAUACCAAAGCCAUACCAACACCUAGGUCUCAACGAGAUCACUGUCAAGAACAGGGCACCAUUGCCCCUCAUCGAGGAGCAGCUGUUCUUACUCAGGAAGGCAAGGAUCUAUACCAAGCUAGACCUUAGAGCAGCAUACAACCUCAUCCGGAUUGCUAAAGGAGAUGAAUGGAAGACAGCUUUUGGCACUCAGUUGGGACUCUAUGAGUACCUAGUGAUGCCUUUUGGCCUAGCCAAUGCUCUGGCUCACUUCCAGUCAUUCAUCAAUGACAUCUUCCGAGACAUCAUUGGGAUAUAUGUGGUAGUAUACCUAGAUGACUUCCUGAUCUUCAGUGACACUGAAGAGGCACAUGUGAAGCAUGUCACUGAGGUCCUCACUCGCUUAAGGAGCAACAGGCUCUUUGCUAAGCUGUUGAAGUGUGAGUUCCACACCAAGACAGUCGAGUUCCUGGGGUACAUCAUCAAGCCAACGGGCAUAGAGAUGGACCCAGAAAAGGUGUGCACUGUCAAGGAGUGGCCAAUGCCGGAGUCAAUCCAUGACAUCCAGAGGUUUCUGGGUUUUGCCAACUUCUAUCGAAGGUUCAUAGCCCACUUUGCUCGCAUAGCCAAGCCCUUGACAGCACUGGUAAAGCCUAUAGAACAGUUCAAGAAGUUCGAGCUACCAGAGGAGGCCCAACAGGCCUUCCACAAGCUCAUCCAGGCCUUCACAUCAGCAGGAGUGCUUCAGCACUUCGACUACCACCUUCCAACAAGGUUGGAGACUGAUGCAAGUGACUUUGCUAUAGCAGGAGUACUCAAGCAGGAGCAUGAAGGAUGA